CGGCAAAUCUAUGACCAAGGUGGAGAAGAAGCGCUACAGGGAGGUGGCGCCGGUGGAGAAUUCCAUAAUCCAUUCGAUGUGUUUGAUAUGUUCUUUGGAGGAGGUGCUCAUUUUUCCUAUAAACAGCAAAGCAUUUUACUCUGGUGCAUGCGUACCAUAUUUAUGGUUAUAUUUAGGCAGAAGACAAAGAGAACGUGGCGUUCGACCCACCGUUCAUCAAUUGAAGGUAUCUCUAGAGCAGCUUUACAAUGGAUUUUCUAAGAAGCUUAAGGUAUGCUUUCAUUCAUAACU